GUUCAGUGGAGUCUGAGGGUGAGAGUGCUGGCAGCAGCAGCAGCAGCAGCAGGUCUGUGUUCUUUCAUUUUUGGGGAGUGAAACUCUUCUGGGAAUAGGCAAGUGGGGUGACUUAGCAGGCAGGAAGCGCGUCCGUCGUCCCUCUCCUCCAGUGCAGACUCGCGUUGGUCCUGCUCCUCGCAGACAUGACACCUGUCCUCCAGCUGUGCGCUGUCGUCAUCCUCGCGUCGGUGCUGCUGCACACCGCGACGUCGCUUCACCACAACGACACAAUCUAUGCAGUGACCGUGAGCUCCCGUGUCACAGCAGGAAAACAGGAGACCCUGUGUGCCCAGAUUCAUGGACCCUCAGAGCCUGUCAAACUGACUGUGUCCUUCGACAUGAACUCUGAACGCACCAUCAUCCUGGAAGAGAGUGUCACACAGGACUUUUACCGCUGCUUGAACUUCCAGGUCCCCGUCGUGAGCAGCAACACCGUGGCAAGCAUCGCUGUCACUGUAGAGGGGGAGAGUGCUUCAGUGGACAAGAAGACCAAAAUUCUCAUCGAGCCUCCUGCUUUUCUUCACAUUGUCCAGACUGAUAAACCCAUCUACAAACCUGGACAGACUGUCCAGUUCCGCAUUGUUUCCAUGGAUACCAGUUUCAUCCCCGUAGAUCGAGUGUACAAAAUGGUGGAGAUUCAGGAUCCCAAGUCAAAUCGAAUUGCCCAGUGGUUGGAUAAGCCCAUGUUCCACGGCAUCCUCGAUCUUUCCUACCCCAUGAUUCCUGAAGCGGCGCAGGGAAAAUACAAGAUCACAGCCAUCACAGACAAAGGAGAGGAGAUAUCCCACAGCUUCGACAUCAAAGAAUACGUUCUGCCGAAGUUUGACGUACAGAUUCACUUGCCCACUGUUAUAAGCAUCCUGGACCGAGAGGCAACAAUCAAGAUCUGUGGAAAAUACACCUAUGGGAAACCAGUUGUUGGGUCAGUCAAGGCAGAGCUGUGUAGAAACGCUAUCCAGUAUUACUGGCUUUCAACUGGUAGGAAGAAUAUCUGUAAGGCUUAUGAGCUAACUACGGAAAAAGAUGGUUGUGCUACACAAAUUGUAAACUUGGAAGAAUUUGCCCUCACUAAAACUAUGUACAAACACAUUUUUGAGGUGACUGCUGAAAUAGAGGAGUAUGGCACAGGGGUCUUUCUUAAAGGCCGUGGGCAGACCACUUUCAGCACUCACAUCAGAAUUGCUACCUUUGAGGACGUAGCUGCAGCUUACAAACCUGGCAUCCCAUUUGAGGGAAAGGUCAAAGUUAUCGGUCCAGACAAUAAACCAGUUGCCAAUGAGGUGGUGGAGCUAUCGACACCUAAGUUACAAGUCAACCUCACCACAGACAAGAGAGGCAUGGCUGCGUUUUCGCUGGACACGUCCCUCUGGACUGACAAUGUGUAUCUAUCGGUGAAGUUUCAUGUGGAGGAAGAGACGUAUGAUCCCGACGUUAUCGCACCGCAGUACAGGAGGGAUUCACUCAACGUCCCCGUAUUUUACUCCAAGAGCAGCAGUUUUUUGAAGCUCAUGCAGCUCAGCGAGAAGAUCGCCUGUGUCCAAGAUGCAACCGUGCAUGUUCAGUACAUCAUCCAGGGGGCGGAGCUUAAGACGGGACAGGAAGUCCUUGACUUGUUUUACCUGGUGAUGUCCAAAGGUGAAAUCGUGCAGCACGGCCAUCUUGCAUUGGCUGUUAAAGUGGGAACAGUCAACAAAGGCCAAGUGUCCAUAACUCUACAGCAGGUGAAAAACCUGGCUCCAUUUGCUCAGGUGGUGGUUUACAGUAUGAUGCCCAAUGGAGAGGCUGUGGCUGACAGCCAGGACUUCCCCAUUCAGCAGUGUCUCAAUAACAAGGUGUCUCUGAAGUUCUCUUCUGUCCAGAGUCUUCCAGCAGAGAAGACCACACUCAGUCUCCAGGCUCAGCCGGGCUCCAUGUGUUCCGUCAGGGCCAUUGACCAGAGCGUUCUCCUGCUGCAGCCAGAGCAGGAGCUCUCUGCCAAAUACGUUUACAGUCUGCUGCCUGUGAAGAGGAUGUCAGGAUACAGCCAUUACGUUGAAGACAAUGAGCCAUAUCCCUGCUUGGAGACUGAUCUCAUAAUGCACGCUCCUCGUCGAGCACAGCGAUCGAUGUACUUUGGACGUUCUGAUGAGAAGGAUGAUGUUUACAGCAUCUUUGAGAAAGUUGGAAUCAAACUCGUGACCAACUCUGACGUGAAAAAACCUCACAACUGCUUCCAAUUAUUUUCCGUUGAAGCUUUCCUAGACGAGGAUGACGCGCUCGUUCCCAUGGCCGUCAACAUGAUGCCAGAAAAUGCAGAGGUUCCUGUGAAAAAUAAAGAAGCGAAGAAGGAAACUAUCAGGACCUUCUUCCCUGAGACCUGGAUCUGGGAUCUAGUUUCUGUGGGAGACGGCGGGUCAGUAGAUGUGGAGAAGACCGUCCCCGACACCAUCACCAAGUGGGAAGCUGGAGCUUUCUGUGUCUCCUCCAUCGGCUUUGGCGUGUCCCCCAACAUUGGACUGACUGCCUUCCAGCCGUUCUUUGUCAGUCUCACUCUGCCCUACUCUGUCAUCAGAGGGGAGGUCUUCACACUCAAAGCCACAGUCUUCAACUAUCUCACCAAAUGCAUGAUGGUGAACGUUAAACUGACUGAAUCAAACCAGUUCACCUUCAGAAACUGUGAUGGCUGCCAGUACACUGUGUGUCUGUGUGGAGAGGAGAGCAGGACCUUCUCAUGGAUCGUCACUCCGACAGCUCUGGGUGAGGUGAGCGUGAAGGUCAGCGCUGAGGCCAUGAAGACUGAUCUACUAUGUGGCAAUGAGGUGGUCACCGUCCCCGACAUGGGCCAAAUCGACACGGUGAUCCGGCCCCUCCUGGUGGAGGCUGAAGGAACACCAGUGAUGGUCGGUCACAACGCUCUCCUCUGUCCCGCAGAGAGGCCGGCAGAGAAGAAAGUCUCUCUACUGAUGCCGGAGAUGUUUGUGGCAGGAUCAGCCAGGGCCUCCGUCUCUGUGCUGGGUGAUCUGAUGGGUCGGGCCAUGAAGAACCUGGACAAGCUGCUGGCCAUGCCGUAUGGUUGUGGAGAGCAGAACAUGGUGCUGUUCGCCCCCAACAUCUUCAUCCUCAACUACCUGAAUAGCACCGGUCAGCUGACCAAGGCCAUUCAGGACAGAGCCACACGCUUCCUGGAGAGUGGAUAUCAGAGAGAGCUCACCUACAAACAUGACGAUGGUUCCUACAGCGCCUUUGGCAAGAAUGAUGCAUCUGGAAACACCUGGCUGACCUCUUUCGUGAUGAAGUCCUUCGGUGGGGCGAGACCUUACAUUUUCGUUGAUGCCCGUUACAUUGUCGACGCAAGACGUUGGCUUUCAUCACACCAGCGACCCGAUGGCUGCAUCCAGUCUGUGGGAAAGCUCCUUCACAAUGGCAUGAAGGGAGGAGUGAGCGAUGACGUGUCUCUGACCGCGUACAUCACUGCUGCCAUGCUGGAGCUGGACGACAACGUCACGGAUCCUGUCGUACAGAAGUGUCUGAGCUGUCUGAAAGCAGCCGUGGGUCUUCAGCUGGACAACCUGUACACCACUGCCCUGCUGUCCUACACCUUCACUCUGGCUGGAGACCAGGAGAUGAGGAGCAAGCUCAUCACACACCUGCACCAGAAGUCCAGCACGCAGAGUGGCGCCCGUCACUGGGUCAGAGCAGAGGCGUCCAAGAAAGGUGUGGACUCUCUGGAGGUGGAGAUGACCUCGUACGUGCUGCUGGCUCUGCUCUCAGGUCCGGCCAUGCCAGACUUUGGUUUGGAUUACUCCUCCAGCAUCGUCCGUUGGCUCGCUCAGCAGCAGAACCCGUACGGCGGCUUCGCUUCCACACAAGACACGGUGGUGGCCCUGCAGGCGCUGGCCAAGUACGGAGCUGCCACCUUCAGCGUGGAGGGCAGCACCACCGUGACGGUGACGUCGUUAGGAGGCCUGAACAAAGAGUUCACCGUGGAUCAGAGUAACCGGCUGCUGUACCAGGAGGAGAAGCUGACGGAGAUUCCCGGAGAAUACACAAUCAAAGCCCAGGGACAGAGCUGUGUGCUGGCACAGAUCUCCCUGCAUUACAACAUCCCUCCUCCUCCAGACUUCUCUGUCUUUAACAUCUCCAGUAGCAUCAUGGCCAAGUGUAACAUCAGCAGACCUCAGCUCAUCCUCUUGGUCAAUGUCAGGUAUCAGGGCAGGAGAGAAGAAACCAACAUGGUGAUCAUCAACAUCAAGCUGUUGUCUGGCUACAUCCUGGAUAAAAGCUCCCUGGACCUGCUGAAGAACUACCACUCAGUGAAACGUGUGGACGUGGACGAAGGAUACGUCAACAUCUACUUAGACGGGCUGAAGAAGGAUGAGGAGAAGGUCUACAGUGUGACGUUAGAGGAGGAUGUGCCCGUGAGGAACCUGAAACCAGCUGUGGUCAAAGUCUACGAUUACUACCAGACAAGUGAUGAAGCAGUAACGGAGUACACGUCCCCCUGUGCACAGAGCGACAACGUCAACCAACUGUAAGAAUCCAUCGUCUGUCAAUUACAAGAAUCCCUGUGUUCAAGAAACACCCUUUUUAGAUAUUUUUGUUUGUUUGUUUUUAAAGGUUUUUGAACAUAUAAUUCCCACUUUUUUUCCCCUCUGAUUUUAGAAAAUCAUUUGAUCUUUUUUGUUAAUACUUCCCGCUACAGUCAGCCGGUUUAGUGCAGAAUCAGCAGUUUCUGCCGUCUCUCUCCUCAACACUGGAACCUCAUAGAACAUAAUAACUGACCACACGACACAGUGUAACAGCUUUGUUUUUAAUAGAUUUGACAAAAUCCAUAUUAAUUCAUACUUGAAAGUGACGCAUGAGACGUACAAGGUACCAAUAACACAGAAUGGUCCGAGUAGUGUUUCUGUGUGUGUGUGUGUGUGUGUGUGUGUGUGUG